GGAGGGGAGCAGGUUAACCCCUUCGGCGCCCCGUCUGCCUUUCCCUCUCUCAGCUUAGUCUCUGCCGUUGCUCGCGGGUACGCGAGGCUUGCCGGAGACAAACAACAAGGAAAUAGCAGGCAGCGCCAGAACAAGGAGGAUAAUUUUUUUUUUUUAAUGACUUCACAAGGAAGAUCGGGUAGGCGCUGGGUGGGGGAGAGCCUCUGCGGGGCCCCCAAAGGCGGGGGGCCGAGACAACAGCCUCCCCCUGCCUAAUUGUAGUUACGCCCCUGGCCCCAAAGCUUGUUUGUCUUCGGAGCACCUGCGUUUGCGUGCCAGCGAGGAGUGGGAGGAGCAGCAGCAGCCCCUGUCGUCUUCGCCGGGGGCUGGCAGAGCUGGGCGGGUGGGCGGUGCUCGCUCGCCUGCCUCCUCCUCCUCCUCCUCGCUCAGCCCGCAGGGCAGAGGUCCAUCCCAGCAGCAGCCGCCCCGAGAAGGGAGCCUGGCUGGCUGGGUGGCUGGGGAGCCUCGUGCAGCGCGAGAGCGGCCCGGCCCGAGAGGGGACUCUCGUCUUUUCCUCUGGAGCCUCAACAGCAGCAUUAGCAGGGAGAAGAUCCAUGAGGUGGGAUCUGGGAGUCAAACACUUUCAUCCCUCAACAAGGAAAUCCUUUGAUUUUUGAUAUUGUUGGAGGCUGCCUUGGAGCAUGAAUGAAAGAUGGGGAAGGAAGACCCAGCUAGCUGCGAAGCAGGAAAAGGCCUUGAGGCCAGACAAGUGAGGAGCACUGGGGAAUUCUGGGAAAGGACCAAGCAGAAGAUGCUGGUUGAGGACAUCAGCAGCGCAGAGGCCCAGCGCCUGCGCUUCAGGCAGUUCUGCUACCAGCAGGCCGAGGGGCCCCGAGAGGUUUGCAGCCGACUCCACAGCCUUUGCCAUCGGUGGCUGAAGCCAGGGAGAGUCACAAAAGCUCAGAUUGUGGACCUGGUGACCCUGGAGCAGUUCUUGAGCAUCCUGCCCCCAGAGCUGGAGAGCUGGAUCAGAGAGUGUGGAGCAGAGACCAGUUCCCAGGCAGUGGCCCUGGCAGAAGGUUUCCUCCUGAGCCAGGCAGAGGACAAGAGGCAGGAAGAACAGCAGGUGCAAGGACUGUUGUCGGAAGCGGCCCCUGACUUCCCUGAGGCCGAGAAGGCUCCAUCAGGCACCAGGCCGAGGCCUCUGUCCAAGGAGAUCCCCAGGCAGGAGGGCAGCAGUGGGGCCACCUUGCUGGGUGCUGGAAUGACGCUCCCAAUGCAUUCUCAGCCCUUCCUUCUGCCUGGUGGGAUGGAAGAUGCUUCAAGACCACCAAAGAAGGGCCAGGUGAGCUUUGAGGAGGUGGCUGUGCUUUUCACGGAAGAGGAGUGGGCUCUGCUGGAUCUGGACCAGAGAACCCUGUACAGGGAAGUCAUGCAGGAGAAUAGGAGGAAUGUGGCCUCUCUGGCAGAUGACAGUGGGGAGAGGAAUACGGAGAGAAUUUGCAAUGGAGGAUUGUUGGAUGAUGUCAGCAGUAAAAAUAGAGGGAAACAGAGAAUGAACACUGAAGCAAAGGAGAAGAACAGGAAUGGAUCUUUGGUUUCCCAUAAUGGAGAAAUCCAUGACCUAAAUUUUCAACCUCAGUGGGAAAUGCACAUAGGAGAGAAACCAUAUAAAUGCUUGAAGUGUGGAAAGAGCUUCAGUGAGAGCAGAACACUUACUAUACAUCAAAGAACCCAUACGAGAAAGAAACAGUAUAAAUGCUUGGAGUAUUCGAAGAGCUCCAUUUGGAGCAAAAAACAUACUAGCCAUCAUAGGACCCAAACUGGAAAGAAAACAUAUACCUGUUUGGAGUGUCGAAAGAGUUUCAGCCAAAGUGGAAACCUCACUUCCCAUCAGAGAACCCAUACAAGGGAGAAAACCUAUAAAUGCUUGGAGUGUGGAAAGAGCUUCAGUGAGAGGGGAAGUCUUACUAGGCAUCAAAGAACCCAUACUGUAGAGAAACCAUAUAAAUGCUUGGAGUGUGGAAAGAGCUUCAGUCAGAGCGGAACACUUACUAGCCAUCAAAGAAUCCAUACUGGAGAGAAACCAUAUAAAUGCUUGGAGUGUGGAAAGAACUUCAGUCAUAGAGGAAGUCUUACUAGCCAUGAAAGAAUCCAUACUGGAGAGAAGCCAUAUAAAUGCUUGGAGUGUGGAAAGAGCUUCAGUGAGAACAGAAAACUUACUAGCCAUCAAAGAAUCCAUACUGGAGAGAAACCAUAUAAAUGCUUGGAGUGUGGAAAGAGCUUCAGUCAUAGAGGAAAUCUUACUGGCCAUCAAAGAAUCCAUACUGGAGAGAAGCCAUAUAAAUGCUUAGAGUGUGGAAAGAGCUUCAGUAAGAGCGGAAAACUUACUAGCCAUCAAAAAAUCCAUACUGGAGAGAAACCAUAUAAAUGCUUUGUGUGUGGAAAGAGCUUCAAUGAGAGCGGACAUCUUACUAGGCAUCAAAGAACCCAUACUGGAGAGAAACCAUAUAAAUGCUUGGAGUGUGGAAAGAGCUUCAGUGACAGUGGAAGCCUUACUAGGCAUCAAAGAACCCAUACUGGAGAGAAACCAUAUAAAUGCUUGGAGUGUGGAAAGAGCUUCAGUCAGACCAUAGAACUUACUGGCCAUCAAAGAACCCAUACUGGAGAGAAACCAUAUAAAUGCUUGGAGUGUGGAAAGAGCUUUAGUCAACGCAGACAUCUUACUUGCCAUCAAAGAACCCAUACUGGUGAGAAACCAUAUAAAUGCUUGGAGUGUGGAAAGAGCUUCAGUGAGAGCGGAACACUUACUAGCCAUCAAAGAAUCCAUACUGGAGAGAAACCAUAUAAAUGCUUGGAGUGUGGAAAGAGCUUCAGUCAUAGAGGAAGUCUUACUAGCCAUCAAAGAAUCCAUACUGGAGAGAAGCCAUAUAAAUGCUUGGAGUGUGGAAAGAGCUUCAUUGAGAGCAGAAAACUUACUAGCCAUCAAAGAAUCCAUACUGGAGAGAAACCAUAUACAUGCGUGGAGUGUGGAAAGAGCUUCAGUGAGAGCGGAAGUCUUACUAGGCAUCAAAGAACCCAUACUGAAGAGAAACCAUAUAAAUGCUUGGAGUGUGGAAAGAGCUUUAGUCAGCACGGACAUCUUACUUGCCAUCAAAGAACCCAUACUGGAGAGAAGCCAUAUAAAUGCUUGGAGUGUGGAAAGAGCUUCAGUGAGAGCCGAACACUUACUAGCCAUCAAAGAAUCCAUACUGGAGAGAAGCCAUAUAAAUGCUUGGACUGUGGAAAGAGCUUCAGUGAGAGCCGAACACUUACUAGCCAUCAAAGAAUCCAUACUGAAGAGAAACCAUAUAAAUGAUUGGAGUGUGGAAAGAGCUUCAGUCAUAGAGGAAUACUUAUUAACCAUCAGGAUCCUUUUGCUUCUGCUCCGCUGGGCUCCUGCCCCGCCCUGCCCGGGUCUCAGUGGCUGGCAGGUGGACACGUGGUCGGCAUCGCACCUGCGUGCAUGCUGGAGCAGGAGGAGAGCACCGGCCAGAUCCGGUGCAAGGUCUACUACGACUCGGUUCUGAGGCUCCAAGGCCUGCUAUCUGCAUGUCCUUCUCUGGGCAGCCAAGGGUGGGGGAGAAUGGAGAAGGCGGAUUCCCAAGGGGUGAUCCAAGUCGCCCUCCUUGUGCCCUCCUUGAAAGGGGAGAGCUUCGAGGAUGUGGUGGCUGGAAAUGGGAAAAGAGGGUGUGGCUUUAAGGAGCUGAGGUUUGCACUCUGCUCCCCAGGAGGCUCCAUUGUGUGGGGAAGCCCAGAGGAGGAGGAGGAAUUGCAAGGACUGUUGUCGGAAGCGGCCCCUGACUUCCCUGAGGAUGAGAAGGCUCCAUCAGGCACCAGGCAGAGGCCUCUGUCCAAGGAGAUCCCCAAGCAGGAGGGCAGCAGUGGGGCCACCUUGCUGGGUGCUGGAAUGACGCUACUGAUGCAUUCUCAGCCCUCCCUUCUGCCUGGUGGGAUGGAAGAUGCUUCAAGACCACCGAAGAAGGGCCAGACUAGGCAUCAAAGAACCCAUACUGGAGAGAAGCCAUAUAAAUGCUUUGAGUACAGGAAGAGCUUCAUUCGGAGCAAAGCUACUAGCCAUCAAAGGACGCAUACUGGAAAGAAAACAUAUACAUGCUUAGAGUGUGGAAAGAGAUUCAGCAAAAGUGCACACCUCACUUCCCAUCAAAGAACCCAUACUGGAGAGAAACCAUAUAAAUGCUUGGAGUGUGGAAAGAGCCUCAGUCAGAGCGGACAUCUUACUUUCCAUCAAAGAACCCAUACUGGAGAGAAACCAUAUAAAUGCUUUGAGUGUGGAAAGAGCUUCAGUCAGAGUGGAAAUCUUACUAUCCAUCAAAGAACCCAUACUGGAGAGAAGCCAUAUAAAUGCUUUGAAUGUGGAAAGAGCUUCAGUGAGAGCAGAAGUCUUACUAGCCAUCAAAGAACCCAUACUGGAGAGAAACCAUAUAAUUGCUUGGAGUGUGGAAAGAGCUUCAGUCAGAGCGGAAGUCUUACUAGCCAGCAAAGAACCCAUACUGGAGUGAAAUCAUAUAAAUGCUUGAACUGUGGAAUAAGCUUCAAUACUCGUGGAAACCUUACUAGCCGUACAGGAACCCAUACUGGAGAGAAACAAUAUAAAUGCUUAGAGUGUGGAAAGAGCUUCAAUGACAGUGGAAGUCUUACUAGUCAUCAAAGAACCCAUACGGGAGAGAAACCAUAUAAAUGCUUGAAGUGUGCAAAGAGAUUCAGUAUGAGCGGACAUCUUACUUGCCAUCAAAGAACCCAUACUGGAGAGAAGCCAUAUAAAUGCUUGGAGUGUGGAAAGAGCUUCAGUCAGAGUGGAAACCUUACUAGCCAUCAAAGAACCCAUACGGGAGAGAAACCAUAUAAAUGCUUUGAGUGUGGAAAGAGCCUCAGUCAGAGCGGACAUCUUACUUGCUAUCAAAGAACCCAUACUGGAGAGAAACCAUAUCAGUGCUUGGAGUGUGGAAAGAGCUUCAGUGAGAGCGGAAAACUUACUAGACAUCAAAGAAACCAUACUGGAGAGAAACCAUAUAAAUGCUUGGAGUGUGGAAAGAGCUUCAGUGAGAGCGGAACACUUACUAGCCAUCAAAGAACCCAUACUGGAGAGAAACCCUAUAAAUGAUUGGACUGUGGAAAGAGCUUCAGUCAGAGCGGAAUACUUAUUAACCAUCAGGAUGCUUGAGGUACAACUGUUGAAUAGGGUAUAUCCUUGGCAUAUUAUUAAGAGAGCGAGACAACGUGCAGACAGUAUCACAGUAUGCAGAAAAGACAUUUAUUUCAGAUUAAAGAAAAGUCUACACAACGCAGGAUCACUGUGAGGUGUCGUGUGUGUAUUGCUUUAAGUAAUAAGUGAGAGUCACUGUAUUUGCAGUAAGUGGUGACUGGCAACAUGUGAGGCCAAUUAACAGGUGUUGAGUACUGACCUGAAGUGAUUGGCCAAAGCCAGCAUAAGAACGAGGCUCAAGGAAGAGCUAACUGUCCACAGUUUUAAAGGCUGCACCACUGUGGUCCACCCGGCUGCCAUGUCUAUGCUAUAUCCUUGUGCCUAAUGUAUAUGUAUGCCUACGUGUAAAAGGAGUUACUGAGCUGCUAUAUCAUGUAAGUUUUCCUCUACUUCAAUAUAAUCUUCAGUUUGAACUAUACCUGUGUCAGAGUGUUCUUACUCAGCCGAGCGGGGUACAAGUGAUUAACUCUGCAAUAGAGGCGCAGCACCAACAGGAGAGAAGCCAUAUAAAUGCUUGGAGUGUGGAAAGAGCUUCAGCCAGAUUGGACAACUUACUAGCCAUCAAAGAACCCAUACUGGAGAGAAGCUAUAUAAAUGCUUGGACUGUGGAAUGAGCUUCAAUACUAUUGGAAACCUUACUAGCCAUCAAAGAACCCAUACUGGAGAGAAACCAUAUAAAUUCUUCGAGUGUGGAAAGAGUUUCAGUAUGAGCGGACAUCUUACUAGGCAUCAAAGAACCCAUACUGGAGAGAAUCCAUAGAAAUGAUUGGAGUGUGGAAAGAGCUUCAGUCAGAGCGGAAGUCUUACUAGCCAUCAAAGAAACCAUACUGUAGUGAAACCAUAUAAAUGCUUGGACUGUGGAAUGAGCUUCAAUACUAUUGGAAACCUUACUAGCCAUCAAAGAACCCAUACUGGAGAGAAACCAUAUAAAUUCUUCGAGUGUGGAAAGAGUUUCAGUAUGAGCGGACAUCUUACUAGGCAUCAAAGAACCCAUACUGGAGAGAAUCCAUAGAAAUGAUUGGAGUGUGGAAAGAGCUUCAGUCAGAGCGGAAGUCUUACUAGCCAUCAAAGAAACCAUACUGGAGAGAAGCCAUAUAAAUGCUUGGAGUGUGGAAAGAGCUUCAGUCAGAGCGGAAGUCUUACUAGCCAUCAAAGAACCCAUACUGGAGAGAAACCAUAUAAAUGCUUGGAGUGUGGAAAGAGCUUCAGUCAGAGCGGAAGUCUUACUAGCCAUCAAAGAACCCAUACUGGAGAGAAACUAUAUAAAUGCCUGGAAUCUAUCAGUCAGCUUCACCUACCUCACAAGGUUGUUUUGAUUAUGGAAUGGAAUGCAGAAUCCUCUGUCUCAGUGGUGCACAAACUGUGUUCUUCAGAUAUGACUGAACAUCAACUCGCAUCAUCCAAAGCCAUAAUAUAUCGAAUUGCUGAACUAUUCAAUAGUUCAUCAGCAUCUGGAGGACCACAUGUUAGGAGCCCCUGCUCUAUCUCCUUCUGGACAAGGGUAUAUAAUUAUUUGUAGUAGUUUUUCUAGUGGUUCUUUGAGUGGAAUGAAAAUGAAAUAAAUAAAUCAAGUCCAUUUCUCUUCUUUCCACCUACCAGGUGGAAACCCAAAAGGUCGUGAGCCUUGAUUAGUUAUUCUAGAUUGAGACUUUCAUCCCACUUCUGAUCACACUUAGAUGUUUUGAAGUGCGAGGCAGGCCCAAAUCUGCUUGGGUUUUGGCUGAUCAGACAGGAACCAGUGGUUGCUGAGCAGUGUGUGCUCUCCAUGGACGUGCCAAGUCCAUGACCAAGAUUUUCCUGCAUUCUGUAAACAAGAUUUGAAGCUGGGAGGAUUUCAAUAAAGUGGAGUGGGAACUGGAUUGGGUCAUUUCACACUGCACGCCCAUUGGGAGUGUGCACUUUGCACUUUGAACCAGCAACCUCUUGCUCCCUAGGCAAGUUACUUCCCUGCUGUGCCAUUAGGUGGCUCUGGGGCAGGGACCCCUUUGUUCUGCUGCCUUAUCUGACUCACUCACAGGCCGCGCUGAACCUUUGAAAGACCCAUUUUAAUCCCCUGUCUAUUCCUCUCUGCCUUUUCUUUCCUGGCUGUAUCAGUUUGCAAGGCUUUAUGCCCAAACCCACAUGAAAUGGGGGUCAGGGGGUCAGGUGCAGGCCACAGAGAAGGAGGACGGCCUUUCCCCUCUCUUUGUGUCUGGAUGAUGAGCAGGACCAGCUGUAAGGCUGGCUCCAGAGUGGGGGGCAAGGAGGCCAGUGUAAGACAAAGCAGAGGGCAUUUGAUUGUAUGGCUCGGUUGACCAGUUUGCUUGACAUUGUUUUCAGGAACACCAGGUGCUUUUCAACCUGUCUGAUGCAAGCUGCUGUUUCAAGACACGUUCCAGACAUGUUUCCAAACCCUCCUACAGUCCCCAAUUUAGUUUGGAGGUGCUUUUCAAAUGUCAAAUUGUGUUCUUUCAGUUUAAAAUGUCAAACUACGUUCUUUCAAGUGUCAUGACAGACCACUUCCCUAAUUUCGUUUGGGUUGCUUCCCCAGUUUAGCUUAGAUUUUAUUUUAUUGAUUUAUUUAUCAGAUUUGUACACCGCCCCAAACCUUCGUCUCUGGGCGCUUUGCAAUAACAUAAAACCAGUUAAAAACAUAUACAGAAACUUAAAAACAAUUUAACAAUUUUAAAAUAACCAGAAAUUAAAACCCCAAAAUAUUAGGAAGCUGAGAAAUCUUGGGCGAAAAGAUGGGUUUUCAGGUGUUUUUUGAAAAUUGCCAGAGAUGGGGAGGAUUGUAUCUCAGCAGGGAGUGCAUUCCACAAUCUUGAGUCAGCGAACGGGAAGGCCCGUCUCUGUGUAUCCACCAAAUGAGUUGGCGGUAACUAGAGACGGACCUCCUCAGAUGACCUCAAGGGGCGGUGGGGCUUGUAAUGAAGAAGACGCUCUCUUAAAUACCCAGGGCCUAGGCCUAGGCCGGGCUUUGUAAGUUAUAACUAACACUUUGUAUUUUGUCCGGAAACCUAUUGGCAGCCAGUGUAAUUCCAUCAGUAAAGGAGUAACAUGGGUUCUCUGAGAUGAUCCAGAGACCAACUUGGCUGCCGCGUUCUGAACCAACUGAAGUUUCCGGACUAUGUACAAAGGCAGCCCCACGUAGAGCGCAUUACAAAAAUCAAGUCUGGAGGUUACCAACAGAUGUACCACUGUUUUGAGGUCGUUGAUCUCAAGAAACGGGCGCAGCUGGCGUAUCAGCCGGAGCUGAUAGAAAGCACCCCUGGCCAGAGCCUCAACCUGAGAAACCAGGGAGAGGUGUGGAUCCAGAAGUACUCCCAGACCACGAACCUGUUCCUUUUGGGGAAGUGUGACCCCAUCUAGAACAGGCAGAUCAAAAUCGUCUCUAGCGUUCUGACCCCACAAAAUAAGUACCUCCGUCUGAUCUGGAUUGAACUUCAGUUUAUUCUCCCUCAUCCAGCCCAUUACUGCUUCUAGGCAGGCAUUUAGGGAGGAUAUGCCAGCUCCUGAAGAAGUUGACAUGGAGAAGUAGAUCUGGGUGUCAUCAGCGUACUGGUAACAGCCAGCUCCAAAUCCCCUGAUGAUCUCUCCCGGCGGUUUCAUGUAGAUGUUAAAAAGCAUUGGAGAAAGUACGGAGGCUUGAGGGACACCAUACUUAAGCUCAGAUUUUGAAGAGCAACGGUCUCCAAUCGACACCAUCUGGAAUCUAUCUGAGAGGUACAAGCGGAACCACUGUAAAACAGUGCCUCCCACCCCCAACACCCUCAGACGUUCCAGAAGGAUACUAUGGUCGAUAGUAUCGAAAGCUGCCAAGAGAUCCAAGAGGACCAACAGAGUCACACUUCCUCUGUCAAUUGCCAAUUGGAGAUCAUCCAUCAGGCCCACCAAGGCAGUCUCCACCCCAUUGCCUGCCCAAAAACCAGUUUGAAAUGGGUCUAGAUAAUCAGUUUCCUCCAAGAUCGCCUGGAGCUGAGAGGCCACCACCCUCUCAUUUACCUUGCCCAGCCAUGGGAGAUUGGAAACAGGCCUAUAAUUGCUCAACUCUGAGGGAUCUAAUGCAGGCUUCUUUAGAAGAGGUCUAAUGAUUGCCUCCUUAAGACAAGGAGGCAUCCUCCCCUCCCUUGGAGAAGCAUUUAUGAUUUCCACCAGGGUGUCUACAACAAUCUCCUUACUAGAUCAAAUAAGACAUGUUGGAUAAGGGUCAAGAGAAUAAGUGGUAGGCCUCACCGCUCCAAGCAGCUUGUCCAAAUCCUCAGGAGUCACAAACCGAAACUGAUCCAGUCGAAUCACAUAAGAGGAGUCGUUGGCCACCUCCAGUUCAGACAUGAAAUUAAUUGUGAAGUCUCCAUCUAGGUUGGAGAGAUUUUAUAUGUGAAAAACUCUUUAAACACAUCACAGUGGGUAACUGAUGACUCUAAAUUCUGGUUGGGGGGGUCAGAUAUUAGUCCCAUCACAACCCUGAACAACUCUGCUGGAUGUGAACUCGCAGAGGUAAUACGGGUAGAAAAGAACCGCCUCUUUGCCGUAUGUAUUGCUUGAGCAUACAUCUUUAAAUAUGCUCUAUGUCACAAUCUGUGAGAUUUGAGUCUUCCUCCAUUUGUGCUCCAGUAACCUACCUUGCCGCUUCAGCCCCUGUAGGUCUUCUGUAUACCAAGGAGCCAAAUUUGAAGCGGGUCGGAGGGGACGCUUGGGAGCAAUCGUGUCUACUGCCCUGGUGAGCAAGUUGUUCCAAUUCUCAACCAGGGCAUCAACAGGGUCACUGGCAAAGCCAACGUUGAAUCCCUCCAAGGCUUCUUGGAAUCUUACUGGAUCCAAUAACCUCUUGGGGCGGAACAUUCUAAUGGGCACCUCGCCCCCUGCGGAGGUGGGAAGUGGUUGUAAGUCCAACCUUAACCAGAUGGUGGUCCAUCCAUGACAAUGGGGAAAUCACAGGAGUCCCCACCCACGGAACACCACCCUGAUCAGCGUAAAAGACCAAAUCAAGCGUGUGACCUGCAAUAUGCGUUGGUCCCGAGACCACUUGGGAUAGGCCCAUAGUUGUCAUGGCCGCUAUGAACUCCUGAGCUACCCCAGACAGGUUGGUCCCGAAAUGAACAUAGUAGUCCUCCAGCACCAAAAGUCUGGGAGACUCCAACGUGAGUUCCACGACCAGGUCUGUGAGCUCAGUAAGGGAUUCCGCUGGGCAGCAGGGUGAUCGGUACACCAACAGAAGUCCCAAUCUAUCCCUGGUCCCCAAACUCAAGUACACACAUUCAAUAUGGUCCGACACCCUAACAGGGACCCUGGUAGGGGAAAUGUUAUCCUUCUAGACCACAGCCACUCCACCUCCCCGCCCACGUCCCCUCACCUGCUCCUCUGCAGAAUAUUCUGGAGGGAGAAGCUGGGGCCAAACUGGACCAUUAGCCUCCCCCAACCAAGUCUCGGUAAUACAUACCAGGUCGGCCCCUUCAUCCAUGAUCAAAUCAUGGAUGAGUUCAGAUUUAUUUUGGACUGACCUGGCAUUACAGAGGAGCAGAGAAAGGCUAUGUGGGUUGUUGGCAGUGCUCCCCGAAGUCAAAGAGCUGGCAGGGCAGCCGGAAGGGGAGACAGCUAUUAAGUUUCUGACUACCCUUCCCCUGGAACGGUCGCUGACCUGCCAAUGUUACUACUUCUAUUCCCCACCACCACCGGGAUAGCUGCCCCAUAGCCAACAAAGGCGCCCCCUGUCCCCCCAUCUCCAGAUGAACCCAAACACAUUACAGCAACUUCAACCCAAGUCUAAAACAGCUUAAAACUAAUUAAACAGAAGUCCUCUAGCCCUUAUCCUCGUUCUCCCCCGAAGUGGCGACCCCCUUUGGUGAUAUUAGAAUAGAACAUGUUCAAACCACAAUGUUUGCAUGUGUUUCGAUCAAAACCUAUGAUGCAGAUUCUGAAAGUUUCAUUUAUGCACAUUUAAGAAUUGACCAAUGGAUUUAUAUGUCAAAAGGGGUGACAAAUUGAAUUAUAGGAUAUCAGUGGUCUGGAUUCUUCUGACCAAUGAUUAUUAGGAAGAGCGAGGAGCAAGGUUGUGUGGGUGAAUCCACAAUUGUACUUAAGAGAUGAUGUGUUAAAGGGUUAACUAAGGAAGGGAAGGAGAGCGAGAGAUAGAGAAGGAGAAAAGACUCGAGGCAAGAAGGGAAAAGAGGAAGUCAAGAGGCCCAAACAGAGAGGCAACCACAAGUGCAACUGCAAGAAACAGGAAGAGGUAUUAUAAAUAUAUCUCUAACCAUUAACUUUUAAUUUCUAACCGAAAGAGGCUGAUAAAUGUUUAAGGUGUACUGAUUGAACGCAGAACUGUCUCUUGCUUCUAUCUACUGAGGACUGUCAAGAAUUGGGUGAGAAUAAAUGCUGUUAACUUUUAA